AACGGUAACUGCACCAACUCAAGAGGAAAGAGAAGAAGAAGAAGAACUACUUCCGGUGACAGUCAACAUGGCGUUUAAUUUUGGCGGUGCCGCGGGCAGCACAGCGGCAAGCGCCCCCGGGUUUUCAUUCGGUUCAUUUGGUGCAAAGACCACAGCAUCCACAGCGUUUGGCUUUGGCCCCUCAGCCACCACCACCACAGCCUCAUCCGGAUUUGGCACUCUUACAGCCCCUGGAUUUGGGGCAGCCACAACCACUGCUGCUGCACCAGCCACCGGAUUUGGUUUUGGCUCCACCAACACUGGAUUUGGGGGGCUGGGAGCUGGAAACACCACGGCUGGCACAUUCGGUGGCUUUGGAGCGACUGCAACCACUGCUGCUGCACCAGGGUCUACUUUUAGCUUUGCUGCACCCACCAACACGACAGGAGGCCUGUUUGGUAACACACAGAACAAAGGCUUUGGAUUCUCCUCUGGGCUUGGCACUGCAACCGCACCCGGGACAACAGGAUUUGGGACGAGUUUAGGAACAUCUGGUCUUGGAGGGUUUGGAGGCUUUAAUAUCCAGCCAACCCAGCAGCAGCAAGGCGGCUUGUUUGGCCAGCAGCAGAGUCAGCCUCAGCCCACUCAGCUUUACCAGCAGGUCACCGCGCUGUCAGCGCCCACCUUGUUGGGAGAUGAGCGUGACUCCAUCUUGGCCAAAUGGAACCAGCUGCAGGCUUACUGGGGAACCGGGAAGGGCUACUACAGCAACAACAACCCACCUGUGGACUUCACCCAGGAGAACCCAUUCUGCAGGUUCAAGGCAGUGGGCUAUAGCUGUGUCCCAGUCAGCAAGGAUGAGGAUGGUUUAGUGGUUUUGAUUCUCGCUAGGAAGGAAGCUGAUGUACGAGUGCAGCAGCAGCACCUGGUGGAGUCUAUCCAUAAGGUGCUGGGAAACAAUCAAACACUCACUGUCAAUGUGGAUGGUGUCAAAGCCCUGCCGAAUGACCAGACCGAGGUGAUCAUUUACGUGGUGGAGCGUUCCCUUAAUGGCACCUCCAAGCGGAUCCCCGCCAGCGCACUCUUCGUUUUUUUGGAGCAGAACAACGUCAAGGUCCAGCUCUCACAGAUUGGAGUGGCCAUGUCCAUCACACGCACAGAGUUGUCUCCAGCACAGCUCAAACAGCUGCUGCAAAAUGCUCCUGCAGGAGUGGACCCUAUCAUUUGGGAGCAGGCCAAGGUAGACAACCCCGAACCAGAUAAGUUGAUCCCAGUUCCUAUGGUGGGUUUUAAGGAGCUCCUUCGCAGACUGCAGACCCAGGACCAGAUGACCAAACAGCAUCAGACAAGAGUGGAUAUAAUCUCCAAUGACAUCAGUGAUCUCCAGAAGAACCAGGCCACCACAGUAGCAAAGAUCGCCCAGUACAAGAGGAAACUGAUGGACCUCUCUCACAGAGUGCUGCAGGUGCUGAUUAAACAGGAGAUUCAGAGAAAAAGUGGUUACGCUAUCCAAGUGGAUGAGGAGCAUCUCAGGGUGCAGCUGGACACGAUUCAGUCUGAACUCAAUGCCCCCACACAGUUCAAGGGUCGUUUGAAUGAAUUAAUGUCGCAAAUCCGGAUGCAGAACCACUUUGGAGCAGUGAGAUCGGAGGAGCGCUACAGUGUUGAUGCAGACCUUCUCAGAGAAAUCAAACAACACUUGAAGCAGCAGCAGGACGGUUUAAGUCAUUUGAUCAGCGUCAUCAAAGACGACUUGGAGGACAUCAAACUUAUCGAGCACGGGCUGAGCGACAGUGGACACUUGAGAGGAGGCGUCCUGAGCUGAUUCUACACAAAGGGCAUCUGAAAAUUUUUCAUAGAAAGAUCUGUUUGAUGUUAUUACUCAGGACAGGUCCUACUGUCUGUACCAGCUUAAGGUAAAGACUCAACAUCUAAUAAUAGCUGGCUUCCCUUAUGGCUGAUCAGAUUAAGGAUAUGCGACUAUACGUGUGGCGUCAUCUAAACAAGUCGUGGGAUUGAGUGUGUCAUGAUUGACAACAUUGUAAAUACAUCUUUGUAUUUCCUUUUUUAUGCUGUUUAGAAUAUUAUUAAAAUUUCAUUUACAUUGAAAAAUA